AUGGAAAACAAACAAGCAGGGACACAGAUCAAUCGAUCAUGGUUGGAGACAAGGACCCACCCCGCCAAAUUGCCGUGGACAGAAGCGGUCAUCCACGUGGCAGCGGCCCGGGAACGCGUCCGUUUUUUGGACUUGCCUUCCUCCGUGUGUGCACUCGUACUUUACCGCGACUGGUUACUCUGUGCUGUUACCAUUGCUGUUCGGUAUCAGGAGCUCUUUAGUGCGAGAAUACAAAUAAGGAUUGCUUGUGGUUUGGAUACUUGUAACCGUGACUGCCACUCAGGCUGGUACUACACGAAAUUGCAGCCUGACCAUCCCUUACGGCCAAAGAGCUCAAGAUACAGGGUGUUGUCUAUCACCCCAAUCCCCAAGCGUCAAAACUCUACCACGUACGGACGAUGCUCGCCUCCCGUUCUCUCAGGCCUCUCUGGUCUCUCGGUCCGAUCGCGUCUUCGAGCACGAGCAGGACAAGUAUAUGUGCAGUAAGGAGGGCGGAAGGAUUGAGGAUGUACGCCAAUUACCGAUUCAACACCAAAAAGAAGUCUAAGUCCAAGUCGGACCCUCCCCCACACACCCAAUCCCCCUUCUCCCCCCUCGACGGCCCCCCACUCUCCCCCUGGGGUCUCCCACCCCCAACCAACUCCCCCUCCUCCCGUCCCUCCCGUCGUCGCCGGCACUCCAAAUCAAAAUUCAAGGAAGACCCCGCCACGCAAAAAGCGCGCGAAACCUCCGAACACAUCUCUGAUUCCGAAGCAGCUAUACUACGGUUUGAGAGGGAGGAGUUUCCGCAUGUUGAGAGGAGGAGGUUGGAGGAGGAGAGGGAGAGUGCGAGGGAGGAGGAGGAGAAGGAGAGGAUGGACCCGGAGGCGUUUAGGAGGAAGUUGGAGGAGGUGAGGAGGUGGUUGGAUGGGAAGAGGGAGAGGGGGAUGAGGGGGAGGUCGAGGUGGGAGGCUAAGGUGGAUGGCGGGGGUGGCGGUGGCGGGAGUAGGAGUGCGGAUGAGAGUAGGACUCAGAAUAGGACGAGGACGUGGUCUGGGGCUGGGACUUGGUCUGGGGCUGGGAGAGAACGGGAGCAGAAGAGGAAUGUGUAUGGUGUGCGCAGCUCAGGCUCAGGCGUUGGAGGCACAAAUGACCAUGUGUCGAGAGAGAGUGGCCAUGGCCAUGGACAUGGACAGACGAGACAUCAUGAGGCGUCGAGAGUCGCUGCGUCUGCUAUCUUGGGCAGACGCAAGGUUCUUACUAUACAUUUUAUCGGAUUACACCCACUUUCCCCCCUCUUACAACUAUGCGGCGAGAUCAAAAGCUUCUGGUCAGGGAGGACGGCAGAUAACUAA